AGCCACAACAUGUCUUAGCGACUCUUAACACCCUAAUUAAUGAAGGCAUGAAUGCUGUUUGCCUUCAUAACCACCUCAUUGAUGUAUAGAGGGAUUUUGGGGUCCAAGCCCGUUGCCACUUUCAGGGAGCCCAAGAUCCCUUUGUACAUGAGUGCUGUGAGGCUUCUGCCAUUAACUGUGUACUGUACUGGAUGUAAUGAUGAGGCUUUAUAAGCCAAUGGUCAGACCACAUUUGGAGUAUUGUGAGCAGUUUUUGGGCCCCAUAUCUAAGAAAGGAUGUGCUGACAUUGGAGAGGGUCCAGAGGAAGUCCACAACAAUAAUCCUGGGAAUGAAAAGGUUAAUGUUUGAGGAGCAGUUGCUGGUUCUGGGCUUGUACUCACUAGAAGAAUGGGGAGGGGGAAUCUCUUUGGAAUGUAUGAAAUAUUGUGGAUAGAUUGGACAGGAGAGGAUGUUUCCUGUGGUGGGGGAAUCUCGCUCCAGAGGGCACAGCCUCAAAAUAUAAGGAUGUGCCUUUAGAACAGGGGUGAAUUUUUUUUGCCAGAGGGUGGUAGAUCUGUGGAAUUCUUUGCCACAGAUGGCUGUGGAGGUGAAGUCAUUGAGUAUAUUUAAAGCAGAGGUUGAUAGGAUCUUAAUUAUCAAUGGGGAGGAGGCAGGGGAAUGGGAUUGAGAGAGAUAAUGAAUCAGCCUUGAUCGAAAGAUGGAAGUUUUGAUGAGCUAAAUGACCGAAUUCUGCUCCUAUGUCUUAUAGUUUACCCCAUUACAUUUGACCUUCCUAUGUGCAGCACCUCACACUUGAGGUGAAACUUCUCCCCAGAGAGCAGUUGGGUUGGGACUGCAUUGAUAAAGGGCGCAUGGAGGGUGAAAUUGGGCGCAAAUCCAUAUGUACACAGGUGCAAUGAGAAACGUCAGACACAACAUUCACAGGAAAAAUAUAAACUCAAUAUAAAUUAUACUUUUUACAAGAAUGUACCCAAUCACAACAAAAAAUUAUAUUUUUGUGCAAGAUAGUUAAAGUGGUUGUCGUAUUGCUAAACUAUAGUGAUCAGGGUUGUGCCAUUUAGUUCAAGAGCCAAAUGGUUGAAGGGAAGUGUGGUGUGUGACUUCAAACAUCAGUACCUCCUGCCCGAUGAAGGCUCCAAGAAGAUGGCAUGACCUGGGGACAAGGGCUGAAGGCCUGAAGGUGGCCCAUCCUGCAGUUAGAGGGCUGUUUGUCAUGGGUGGGUGGCUGGAAUGGAAAAGGGGUUUGUUUUCCUGUUGUUCGUGGUGUUCUGCUGAGCUUUGUGGGCAUGGGAAUGUGUGGCAACACCUGCGGGCUGCCCUCAGCACACCCUUAGGCCUCCACGUUAGUAACUCACGCCAUCUCCAACGGGAUCCCACCACCAAGCACAUAUUUCCCUCCCCCACCACGCACUUUCUGCACGGAUCACCUACUAACUAGUACCUCUUCCUCCCCUCCCCCACCUUCUUACUCUGACGUCUCCUCUUUCUUUCCAGCCCUGAUGAAGGGUCUCGGCCUGAAACGUGGACUGUACACUUUCCCACAGAUGCUGCCUGGCCUGCUGAGUUCCUCCAGCAUUUUGUGUGUGUUGCCCAAGAUUUCCAGUCUCAGCAGAUUUUUUCUUUGUGACACAUUUCAGUGUAUAUACAUUUGACAAAUAUUUUGCAUCAGUAACAUUAAAGGAAAUUAUAUCUGCACCACCUUAGGACCCAAGUGAUUGCAUCCUUUCCACACAAUGGUGCCACCUCAUCACCGCCCCUCCUGCAGCUCUCCCGCACUCGGCCCUCUCCCGCAGUGCAGCUCUCCCUCCUUGGCAAACCUCCCUCUCGCUGCCCCUUCCACAGGCUGGCAUACACACAUAGGUCAGUGCCACUGGGGGAUGUUACGACCAUCAGCGAGGGGCAAAGCCGUACUCUGCCUCUCACCUGCUCUAGGCACAUGACCAGCUGUGUGAAUAUCUUCUCUCCACCCCCCACCCAUGACAUCACCUUGAGGUAACUGAGAGAGCUAUUCAGUAGCAUUACUGGGCUCCCUCUCCCCUUCACCACCAUUGAUAUUCCUCCUCUCCCUAGGCGGGUGGACAACCCUGGAACUCCAUACCCAGUGGUCUGUCCUGUGGGGUGUAGGGAAUCCUGAACCAGACAGACAGCACAAAACAGUCCCUUUGGCCCUUCCAGCCCAUGGUGAUCAAAACCAGAACCACUUACCCAUGUUUGACACAUAUCCUAAACCUUUCCCGUCCGUGUACCUGGCCAAGUCCCUUUUAAACGUUGUUAAUGUACCUGCCUCAACCACUUCCUCUGGCAGCUUGUUCCAUAUAUGGAUCACCCUCUGAGUAAACCUCUUGUCCACCUUCUGACACACGUCUUUUCCCCACGGUGGGGGGAACUAAAACCUAGGGGGCAUAGGGUUAAGGAGAAAGGGGUGAGAUGCAAAAGGGGACUUGAGGGGCAACUUCUUCACAGGGAGUGCUGAGUAUAUGGUAGAGGUGAGUACAAUUACGUUUAAAAGGCAUUAGGGAGGUCAAAUGAAAGGAGAGAGCAUUGAGGUACAAAGUAAAGGGAUCUUGGUGUCCAGUCCCGUAGUUCACUGAAAGUGGCUACGCAAGUGGAUAAGGUGGUAAAGAGGGCAAAUGGCUUGUUUACCUUCAUUGGUAGGGGAUGUUGAGUAUGAGAAUCAGGAACUUUGCUGCAACUGUAUAAAACUUUACUCAGACUGCGUUUAGAAUAUUGUAUGCAACUCUGCUCAUCCCAUUAUAGGAAGGACGCAGAAGAGGUUCACCAGGAUUAGAGGGCAUGAGCUAGAAGGAGAGGCUGGACAAACUUGGGUUGUUUUCUCUGGAGUGGUGGAGGCUGAGGGGAGAUCCGAUAGAGGUUCUUAAAAUUAUGAGGGGCAGAGAGAGAGAUAAACUUUUCCACAGGUUAAAAUGUCAGACACCAGAGGACAUGCUUUUAAGGUUGGGCAGGGGAGAUUUGAAGAACAUGGGAGAUGCAGGGUGGUGGGUGGGUUAUGGGUUACCAGGGAUGGUAGUGGAAGCAGGCAGUUUGGUGGAGUUUAACAGGCUGGUAGAUAUAUGAAUGGAAUGGAGGGGGUACUGUAGAUGAUAUAUCCAUUAUAAACUGGCAUCAAGAUCAACCCAUUGUGAGCAGAAUGCCCUGUCUGGGGCUAUAAUAUAUUAUGUUCUAAGUUUGGACAGAUACACAGUUAGGAAAGAUUAGUGGGAUGUGGACAAAUAGGAUUGGCUUAGAUGGGUAUUUUGGAUGCUGUUGACCAGCUGAAAUGGGCUGAAAAAUGGCAGAUGGAAUUUAGUGCAGACAAGCACGAGGUUUUGCACUUUGGAAGGACCAACCAGGGAAAGACUUACACAAUGAGCGGUAGGGCUCUGAAGAGUGUUGUAGAGCAGAGGAGUCUGGGAAUAUAUUUCCUUGAAAGUGACAUCACGGGUAGAUAGGGUCAUAAGGAGAGUUUUUGGCACAUUGGCCUCCAUUAAUCCAAUUACUGAAUGCAGGAGUUGGGAUGUUGAAGUUGUUUAAAACAUUGGUGAGGCCUAAUUUGGAGUACUGGUCACCCGCCUAUGGUAAAGAUCAAUAGAUUGAAAGAGAGCAAAGAAAAUUUACAAGGAUGUUACAGGGAAAGGUUGAACAUGUUAUACCGAUAUUCAUUUGAGGGCAGGAGAAUGAGGAGAGAUCUUAUGGAGGUAUACAAAAUUAUGAGGAGUAUAGAUAGGGUUAAUGCGAGCAGGCUGUUCCUCUCGGGUUGGUUGAGGAUAGAACUUGAGUUUCGGGUGAAAGAUGAGAUAUUUCAGGGAACUCGGGGAGGGGGCUCUUCACGCAGAGGAUGGUGAGAGUGUGAAUGGGCUGCCAGUGGAGGUGGUGGAUGCGGGUUCGAUUUCAACUUUUGAGAGAAGUUUAGACAGGGAUAUACGGUGCGGUACAGGUAGAUAGACUAGGCAGACGACCAGACUGGCACGGACAAAAUGGGCUUAAGGGCCUAUUUAUGUGCUGUAGUGCUCUAUGUCACUGCAUCAAGGCGGUGGGAGGCUGUGGAGCAGUCCGUUGGAAAAGUCUGCCCUUGUAACUGAAAGCUCUGAAGUUCAAUGGCUCAGUGUAGCGGCAGACAUAACCAUCCAUCGCAAUGCGAUCGGAAAUGAUUGAAUCAGAGAAAUCCUCCCAACUUCACCUUAAAUUCGUGCAAUCUCUUGUUCUGGACCCCGCCUCGGCUCUCUGAGCACCUCCAAAACAUCUCCCCCACACCGGCCUUCUCUGUUCCAUAAUGAAUCUCACUGGCAAGUCGAUCGCUCUCCAAUUCUGACAUCUCACUGCAAAAUGUUCUAUAACGCCGGAGAUUGCACACAAUUGCAUCAUGUUUAAAGGGGCUUGCUCCUAGCCGGGUUCUGACUCACCACGGCCCCUAGCUGCCAAUCAGGUCUUUAUGACCGCCCACUAUUGGUUGAAGCGCGUUGAGCGGUGGCGCUGAGUGGAGUGAUGGCGCCGUCAAUCACUGCCCAUGUUGCCGGUGAAAUCUCAGGGACUAGUCAGACUUCAUUCCGGCGUCUUGCAUUCAACAUGAUCAACAUGAAAAAUCGGCUCUCUCCGUUGCAAACCAAUCAUUGCCCGUGUAAUUCGCAUCACUACAAAGCCACAGUCUUGAGAAAUCCACCAGCAUGCAAACCAACAACAUGACACAAGACACUGGUGAUCCGCUGCUGACAACAGUGAUGGAGGUACCUCCGUCCCCUCCUGCACUGCUGUGGGGGCUGGACCUGGAGAGCUGGCUGGAGGACAUUGAGAGCGUCCUGGUCCCCUCCCCCAUUCUGGAGGACUCCAAGUGCAGAUCAGAACUGCCCCUCCUCCUUGACCUUGACAGUGUCUUGAGUCCCACGGGUGAGGAGCCCGGAGACAGCGACAGGGGCCCAGGAGAGGCACAGGCACAGCUGGAACUCCCAGUUUUCCAACGCCUGGAAAAAGGAGACAAUAUGGGAGAGGUCGUGGAGAGGGGGGAGCCCAGCCCGGAGAUGCCCGACCCAUUGCCACCCUCUCCCCAAACCCACACCGUGCAGGAAGGGCCAGCGGGGAGGAGAGGGCUGAAGCGGCGGAGGGUGAGGGACGAGGGGACAGUGCAGCUGCUUGAGAAACUGGCCCAGGAGAACCAGAGAUUGAGGGCCCGGGUGGAAGAGUUAGCUGUACAGGUCCAGCAGACAAGGGAGCUCCUCAUCCAGAGGGUUGUGGGUGGCAGAUGAAGGUGGAGUGACUUUGGGGGGGGGGGGGGGU